GGAACUACCACAGAAUUUAUCGUGAGACACGUUUAGACUAAAUAAUAUUAUGACCUAACAAUUUAGUGGACAGCUACUCCUAUAACGAGCCUACAAUUUAAUAAUAAUUUGGCUAAUGGCAGCAUGCAGAAAAAUUGAUGCUGAGUGCAGGGGUUCAAUAGCGCAGAAAAUUUUGAAAUGGAGCUCCUUGUUAUGCAAUCAAUGAGGAAAUAAAAUUCAUAUUCCAUUCGAGAGAUGCAUCACUGCUUGAUUAAAAAUACCAUACUGUGCAAUUCAAGAGUCCUGCUGCACACUAACACAAAUGAAGAACCUUUGCUUGUCAUUGUAUUGUUGUAAACUGCUUGUCUGAGGAAGUCUGACUUUGGUCGGACAAGAUGUUACAGGAAUUAUUAGUGUGCAGCAGAGAACUGAGAUUAGUGAUGCCCAUUUAAAAAAUGUUCCAAUCUUGGCUUCAUUCAGUGUGCCGCCGAUGUUGAAAAGCUACAAAGCCUGAUGCAGCAACAAAACAGUCACACAUUAAAUGUCAUUUAUAAUUUUUUUCUUUCAAUAAGACGACUGAGUUCAUUUCACAAGUUGUUGAAGUCUUCGCGCGCUGUUCUGUUUUCACUUUCAAAAAAAUAUGUGCGCCCGGCCAAUACUUGCAACCCUUAAUUUUGACCCGCGAGCGACAAAAGAUUGCCGACCCCUGUCGCAGCUGAUAGUCGGUUACGGCUUUCCCCACUAUCAAGUUCAUGAAUCUGAAACAAAUGAAUGGCUGAUUAAUUCUAUGGACUGGUAGCCGAACUGGAGGCCGCUGUAUAUGAUGAAAAACAAAGAUCGUUAUGAUGUAUUUUGGUGCAGGUCAUCAGGCAAGUAUCCGGCAACUUUUGAGGAGGUAGAACCCUGGAUACUUUCAUUUCCGACCUCUUAUAUGGUGGAAAAGGGGUUUUCAGCUGUGACAAAACAAAACAAAUCGUUGUUAUUGAAACCUAUUAGUAAAAGGGGUGAUUUGAGAUUGUGCCUGACGAAAAAUGUCACCAAAUAUUCAAAAACUCUCUGAAGUCCACCAAGCUUGUCCAUCUCAUUGAAAAAACACAAUGAACUUUGAUUUGUCUUGUUUAUUUGGUCUGUAAUAUAUUCGUUUCUGACUUUGCAUUUUUUUUUGUAAUGUCGGGAGGCGAUGAAGUUGUAUAAAUAACUGUAGGGGGGGUGAUGAUACAAAAAAGUUUGGGAACCACGCUGAUGUCUCCUCAGCGUGUGUCUAAUUUAGUGAGAUAUGCACAAGGCCAUUGAUCAGGUUGCUUUAUGAAACCACCAAAUGUAAUUUCAAACUUCUUAUUGCUUGUUUAAUUAAUUUCGAUCCCAAUUUUCUUGUGAGGUUGCCUAGUUUGAUGUAUUUCUGUUUCAUUAUGUGUAAAUUUUGCAUCAGAUUCGGCGAAAAACACUUACAAUAUUUAUUACACUCUGUAAAUAAAAACAAAACGCUUUUGGCUGCAAACUCCACACGCACAUUGAAUUAACUGGUAGUAAUCAAGAAUAAAGAAAACUAUGUAUGAAAACAAGGUUGACCUCUGCCAGAGCUCUAUAUGAAACUUUUAUUUUUACAGAAAAAUUGAUUAUCAUCAAAGGUGAUGUAAUAAGAUAUGAUUUGAAUCAACCUCUUGGACGUGGAGUAUAUGUAGGAAGCAUAGACUCUUACGGUCUGGAGUUGAAGAAUAAAUUUGCUGUGAAACUAUGUGGUAUUGAUAAAAGCUUAUCAGGAGCAGAAUAUGAAAAAGAUAAGUUUGAUGAUAAAUAUCUGAAAGAAAUUAUAAUUGCAAGCAAGUUGACUGACAAUGUGAAUGUUGCACGAUACAUCAGACAUUGUGUGCAUAACUCUGAAUUAGUUCUUGUGACUCAGCUAUGCAACAAGGAAAAAUGGAAAGAUCUGUUGCCAACAUUUACUAUCGAGAAAAAGAAAAUACUGCUUAUACAACUUUGUCAUGGGCUGAGGUAUAUCCAUCAUAAUCGAAUUGCCCAUCGAGAUUUGAAACCAACCAAUGUACUGCUUUCAUUAGAUAAAAAGAACAUCAAAAUUAUUGAUUUUGGAAUCAGCAAGGAGUUUGCAUUAGAUGAAAACAAAACAAUUAUCAGAUCAACUGGGUUUAAUGGAAGCUACGGUUGGGUUGCAUCAGAAAUGUGUCCAGACGACCGAUCCACAGGAUUUGAAGCAUGGGUCAAGGCUGAUAUAUAUUCUUCAGGCCUUUUUAUUUAUUUUAUAUUCACUGAUGGAAAACACCCUUAUGCAGGUAAAAAUUAUAAACAACAGACAUCAAUAGAGGAAAAGAAAAAACCAAAUUUCUCAGACAUUGAAAAUGACAAAGAAUUCUACGACAGGUAUUUACUGAUCGACCUCCUGAUGGCCAUGCUCAGUCAUGAACCAGAAGCUCGUCCUGAAAUUACAGAAAUACUCCAGCAUUGCAUUACAUGGAACGAAGAAAAGAAAAUGAGUUUCAUUAAGGUUUGCCAUCGAUCUUUUGAUCUAUCUUUUGAUCAUGACAAAAAAUUAACAAAGUUUGAAUCAAGGAAACAUCUGAAAAUGAAUGGAACGGUGGAAAAAAAAAUGGCUUACCUUGACAUAAAAGACAAGGAUGAAAGCUGUGAUGAUCACAGCAGUAAUGACAGUCAGAAUUCAAUCCAGUUUGUCUCUUCCAGUGAAGAGGCACCAGAGGACAACAUUAAACCAUGGGAAGGGCAAUCAGUGGACGAACCUAUGCGAACGAAAGAAGAAGAAGAAGCAUUGGAAAGGAUUUAUAAUAUCAUUGGCGGAGACUGGGUUAAAUUCAUAAAGGAAACGCUAGAAGAUCCUAACAGUGGAAAUAGUAGCCCAUAUAGAAACAGCCUUACUGAUUUGGUUCGUUACAUACGGAACACCCAUGAGUAUUAUGAUGCUAAUAUUAAUGAUAAACCUGAAGAAGUGAAACUCAAACUUGGGUCAAAAAAUAAGGGCAUGUGGAGCUUUUUUGCUUCAAAUUUCCCAGAGUUCUUCCCUCACUUAUUCAAUCUCAUGAAAGAUGAAUUGAAAGGAGAUGAUAAAGAGAAGUAUUUGCAAGAAGAAGCAAAGAAUUGUGAACUUCCACAGAAAUAAUACAACAAAAAAUUGCAAAACUGUAAACUAUCGAAUUCUAUUGGCAUUACCAACUGAAAGUGAUUUAAAAGCAAACAAUUAUCUGAACUCAACGAAGACUAUUUUACUCUCAAUUAGCAAGUGAUUUAUGCUAUUUAGUUUUGCAAUUUUUUUUAAUUAUAAACUGUCUAUACCUUCUAUUUUUCAUAUGUUAUGGCACUAUGGGAAAAUCUUAUACAUUUUCAAAACCAAAUCACUGCACUGCACUAGUUGAUUAUGCAAUUUUCUUAUAGUUUGAGAUUUUCUGGGUAAAUCUUCCAAUCCAUAUAUCGCAUAGUAUCAUAUCUUCAUUUCAAUUUUUGUAUCUCCACUAUUAAAUAUGAUUUACAUAUUUGUCUUGUAGGAGAAGAAUAUCGAUAACCUAACACAGACAGCCCCAGGCAUUUGCUUUAUUUUUUAGUUGCUAAAAUAGUGAACAUGGCUGGAAAGUAGUUGAAACUUCAUGAAUUGUGGAGAUAACAAAACGGUACACGCAUUAUUGAACCUUGGGAUUUAAAUAGUGUUCUUAGUGGAUAUCAGUAAAUAAUAAAUAGUUUUUCUUAUUUGACAUACUUAAUUCACUGAAAAUAGCUGAAUUGUUAUGACUGUUUUUGCCCUUAUUAGUAAUCAAUAAAUAGUUAUUCUAUUUUGUUCCUAAAAUUCAAAAUCAUAUUAAUACUUCAGAAACUAAAAAAAUAUAUUACCCACAUUACAGGUAAUCCAACAAAUAGCUAAACUGUUAUGACUGUUUUUGCCCUUGAUUUUAACUGUAGAUUACUUGUUUUGUUGUCCAAAUAUUUAUUUUUUUAGAAUAUAUGAUCUCUGUAUACAAACUUAGAUUUAUAGUAUGUAGUAUUUGUCUUGGGAAGUCUAGUCAGGUCUGGUUAACUUUAGUGCAAUUCAAACUCAAUCUGAGUCACAAUAACAAGAAACUGGAAAUAGCAGCGCUGACAUGCUUAAGUUAGAAUGUGAUUUUUCUGGCCAGUCAUGCUCCAAUGACUUAUUCUUAAUUGUACUAAAGUUUACCAGACCCGUCUAGCUAUGACGAAAUUGUGAAUAUUUGCUUUUAUUAGUAUGUAGCAAUCCUCCUGAAUUACUUGUAAUUUAUUUCUUAAAAUCAUUUUACUGAUAAGUGAUUAUGUUUUUAAAAUAUAAUUUUCAAUUAAUGCUAUUAAUAUGUGUGUGUAUAUUACAGGUACCAUACUUAAUAUUAAUUAGAUAAUAAUAGCAAAGAAUUAUUUAAUGACACCUGACUAAAGAUUGCUUAUGAGAAGAGCAAGAAAAUAAAGAAGUACUCCAUUGGAUGUAGAUGGAAGUUACUGGAAUAACAGCAAAUUCCAAACUGCCUCCAUUUUUGAGAGGCAAUUGAUAGCCUGACUGGUUUAUUCAUUGAUUAAAAAAGAUGGGGAAUAACCUAAGAUGAACAAAAUUGAAGGAAACAGAUCAGAAAAUCUGAGGCGGGAAAAUACCAGGACAACGCUAAUUAACGGAAUUUGGCUCAAUGGGAACCAAAGAGAGAGUGGAGAUGAAGACAAAAUACUAAACGAAAGUGGACGAUUGAAAUCCUUUGCUUGACAAGGCGAAAUCAUUAGUGCGACAUUGGUAAAGCGAGCUGGAGUGGUGACUGACUUUACUGCAUUUGUGUCAUUCAAAGUCUAGCUGUGUUUGGUCAACUUUAUACUACUUAAAAUCAACUUGACCU